AUGUUGAAGUUCCUGUCGAGAGUGAGGAUCGAGUUUAAUGCCUUGGACCCGCGUACGGCGUCGUGUCUGGAGUUCUUGGCACAGUGCAACGCCCGCAAGGCCAAGGAGUCCAACCCCUCCUGCGCCGUCCAAGUCAAGCGCCGAACCGACGACGAGCCGCCCAAGAUCACCGUCACCUUCGUCAACGGCGUCGAGGAGGUCUUCGACGCCACCGCCACUCCCGCCCAGGACAUCAGGAACAUGAUCCUUGAAAAGGGUCAGAGCCUCGAGACCGAGCAGAUGUUCCGCGACGCCGGCGAGCCCUGGCCCGUCAUUAUCCCCGCAGAGGAGCUCCACCAACCCGCCCCCGGUAUCAAGGUGCGUAAAGGUUUUACAUUUCUGUGA